UCAACCAGAUUUUGCGCUAGUGACGAACGGCUCUUUAUCUAAUCUGGGGGCCCAAGCGUGCAGAGUUGUAAUAGGACGCAGGGUAACUGGCUAAUGUUCUCCCAUGACAGAAAUUCAGAAUAACUCAACGACCUGUGGCUGCAACGAUGUUUUCGAGAAAGGUUUUUGCAUCAGCUCUGCGACCAGCAUGGUCAACGGUACCCCUUCGGGUGACACGCCCUACGCCCGCACCCUUCCAGAUUCCCUCUGCUCUGUAUGCGCGGUUCCUCUCAUCGGAAACAAGGGCUGCGAUUGACAAGGCGGUUGCGUCUGCCCCCGUCGUCCUGUUCAUGAAGGGCACGCCUGAAACACCGCAAUGCGGCUUUUCCCGGGCCAGCAUCCAGAUUCUCGGGCUGCAAGGCGUAGAUCCCAAGAAAUUCGUCGCAUUCAAUGUUCUCGAAGACCCCGAGUUACGUCAGGGCAUCAAGGAAUACUCGGACUGGCCGACAAUUCCCCAGCUAUACAUCGAUAAAGAGUUUGUUGGUGGCUGUGACAUUCUAAUGUCCAUGCAUCAGAAUGGAGAGCUCGCUAAGCUGCUGGAGGAUAAGAACGUCGUCGUGGCUGCCGAUCAAUAGGUGCGUGGCGACUGCGCUGGAAAUCAUACGAAGCUUUGUUCCAUUAAGAGAGACACCUCAUUCUGUAUUAACAGACACUGGGUGCGGGGACGGAUUCGCUUAUAUUUGAACUGUCCCUCUCGCCGCAUUUUUACAGUAUAUGAGGACGGCUGGGCCCGAAGGAAAAUACGGCAACCUGUACUAUCAGAAACA